AGAUCUGAAAAGCCAUACCUAAUUUGAAUCAAUUAUCAUCUACGAUAAAGAAUGAUCUCACAAUAACCAAGAUAAGAUUGAAAAACAUCGAUUUCCCGUAGAAUUAAGGUCCAGAAUGCAAGUUCUCAUUGAGUGUGUUGUUCUUGAAUAAAAUGCUAAACUGGCUGUCUCCCACUACCAGGAGUACGUACACGCUGAAAAAUGAAGAGGAAAAUGUGUUUGUCGAAAAAUAUAGGCAGCUGGACGAAUACCAUGACGAGGAGGAAGUGAAACAGAAUGUGAACAGAGGAGAGAGAAGAUUCGCUGUCCUUUGGGAGCCAGUCAAGGAUUCGAACAGAUCCAUCCCUGUUUUCGUCAAGAGCGAAAGGGAUAAGGAGCAGAUCAAGUACGCCAUAGAGAAUGACGAUUUCCUCAGCAAAGUCAUCGUUGGAAAACGUCUACAGAAGGUCAUAGAUGCCAUGUAUGUCCGAGAAAUCAAGCAGAAAGAAAAAAUCAUCAAGGAAGGGCAACAAGGAAAGCAUUUAUACAUUAUUGCAAGCGGAAAAUUCGAAGUUUCGACGGAGGAAAAAGGCAUUGUUAACACACUGAAUGUAGGUAAAGUGUUUGGAGAACUGGCCAUUUUAUACAACGCCAGAAGACAAGCUACAGUUAAGGCUCUAACACCGAGUAAAGUAUGGGUACUUGACAGAGAAAUAUAUCAGACUAUUGUUAGUAUUUAUAAAAUAGAAGAAAGGAAUGAAAGACUCAAAUUUCUACAGGAAUGCCCAGUUCUGAACGAAGUUGACGAAAGAGUGCUGAAAAAAGUGGCAGAAUUCCUACAGAAAGAAUAUUUCGCGGCCGGAAAAGUGAUAUUCAGAGAAGGAGAUGCAGCAGACAAAUUUUAUAUCAUAACAGCCGGUACAGCAGCUAUUAUGAAAGAGAACGAGGGUCUAAAAGGUUAUUUAUCUAAAGGGAAAUGCUUUGGUGAGAGAGCUAUACUCUCUCAAGGGCCUAGACAAGCAACAGUAAUAUCGAAAGACUCCGGAGUAGAAUGUUUAACACUGUCUGUACAGCAUUUUAUGAACCACUUCGGGAACAUAAGGGACAUAACGAAAGUCUCCAUACCAGCGUUGCCAGAAAAACCGCUGGAGGUCCAAGAACGUUCGGAGAAAUAUAAACAGCUAAAACCGUCAGAUUUCAAGAUCAUACAAACGAUUGGAGAAGGUGGUUUCGGCAUAGUAGAAUUCAUCCAAAACAAGAAAGAUCCCACCAUGACAUUCGCUUUGAAACGCUUAAAAAGGAUCGAGAUGGUCAGAGAUAAGCUAUACCGCCAUAUCAUAAACGAACGAGACAUACAAAUGGCCUGCGAAUCUCCCUUUAUAGUCAAACUGUAUAAGACCCACAAAGAUAAGAGAUAUCUUUUCUUCUGGCUUGAGAUGUGCUUAGGUGGUGAAGUUCACAAAUGGUUGAUGAAUCAGAGGAGAGGAAGAUUCGAUGAACCAAGCGCAAGAUUUAUUGCUGCUUGUCUUUUAGAAGCCCUCAAUUAUUUGCACGAGAGAGGUAUAAUUUACAGAGACGUUAAACCUGAGAAUUUACUAGUGGAUAGCAAAGGUUACGUAAAAUUGGCAGAUUUUAGCUUUGUGAAGAAACUGAGCCCUCAUGAAAGGACAUCCACGUUUGUUGGUACCCCUGAAUACGUAGCUCCUGAGAUUUUAGCUUCAAUGGAUUACGAUAGAGCUGUUGACUUAUGGGCUUUCGGCAUUCUUAUUUUCGAAUUGUUAAAUGGUAAUAGUCCGUUUUCUGACAAAUAUAACGAUACGGCGACAAUAUAUCGCAACAUACAAAGAGGGUUCAACAAAGUGAGAAUUCCAUCAUAUUUCAGUGUAGAAGCUAUAUCAAUUCUAACGUCCUUGUUAUGUCACAAUCCAGAAGAAAGAUUAGGUUAUAGAAUUGGGGGCACAUAUAGUAUACAAAACCACCCAUGGUUCUCCAAAUCUAAUUUUAACUGGGAAGAUUUAAAGCUGCUAAAAAUGGUCUCACCGAUUCAUCCGAAAUUAUCCAGCAAUGUGGAUUUACGUUAUAUGAACAUUGUUAGAGGAAAGCCUAGCAUUCCUGCGGACGACAAAACUGAUUACUUCAAAGAUUUUUAAAGGUUUUUCGAUUCGACCAGUUAAAAACAUUGAAAAAAAUCGCAGAACUAAGAUUUUUUGCAUGUUUUGUGUUUGAAAUAGUUUUCGAUCCAUGGCAGUUUCCAAACAAAAUGCAAUCAUAAUGAUUACCAUAUGUACUCUUCAUGGUUAAGCUGCAGAUGAAAUAUGAGGGGGAAAAGUAAGAAAAGCUGCAUUUGGUCUUUCAACGAUCAACGUAUUCGACAAGAAGAAAGUUAUUUGUUAAUCGUGUUGAACUAUUUGUGGAGAACGAA